ACACCGGUGGCGCCAGUCAAUCCGGUCACUCCUCUCUUCUCUCCAAGCUUCCCUUUUCUUUUCUUUUCUAAUUGCCAUUACCCCCAAUUCAUCUUUCGCAAAAAUGAAGAUAUGAAUCUAUCAAACCAACUUCCCAUACUUUUCUCAAAAGGGUUCUUCACUUAUCGCAGCAUUCUGGAGUCCAAUAGUUUGAAGAUUUAACUUUUAAAAUGAAAUAGAAGACAGUCUGGGAAAGUAUUACCAAUAUAUUCAAUCCAGGUCAAUCUGAUAUGGACAAGGAGGCUGGGGAAAUGAAGAGUCCUACAGAAUUGGUAGCGAAAACAGCGAAUAAUGUUAGGAAGAUAAGUGGAGAUGGUGAAAUAAGGAAACCAUCUAAUUCUCCAUUACACCACAAUGCAAAUGCAUCUGAAGAAGUUGAUUUUAGGAAAUUGACAGGUUCUCCAUAUCAUCAACAUCUUGGUGCUGGGAAUUCUGGUGAAAAUGUGAAAAGGACUGCAAGGCAAGUUACAGGAUCUGACAGGAGUUUUGAUAAUUCCCCACUUCACCCACAUUCUCAGGCGAAGAUGGGUGGAGUAAGAGUGAGUGGAGUUCCUUCCUCUGCUAAUGAAAGAAGAGUUUCAUCUGAAGGCAGCAGAACACCUUCUGCCACUCCUGGAAGGAAUUUACCAAGACAGGUUACACGAGGCGAUGAUUCGUCUGAACAAGCUGUUGUUCCUAAAUUCGGUGAUUGGGAUGAAUCUGAUCCUAGUGCAGCCGAAGGGUUGACUCAAGUAUUCGAGCUGGUUCGAGAGGAGAGGCGUAGUGGAGGAAGGUUACCCAUCAAUUCUAAUGAGGGUUCUCAAUCCAAUGGUCGAAAGCCAUUUAGAAGUGAAAGUUCCCCCAAGAAAUGCUGUGGAUGCUUUUCAUUUGGAAGAAAAUGAUGUUUUGGAGAUUUUUAUGUUGAUGAAAAAGAAGGGGGCAUCAACAAUCUGUUGUUGUUGUAUACUUAUAGAUAGUUCAUUCUUUUUCUGUGUGCUUUUUUUUCUUUCUACUCUAAGUAAGUCAGUCUCAUCUGGUAGACGAAAAGAAAACCCAAAAUAAAGGGGGUUAAAAAUCCAGGGAGAAAUAGCAUUUGUCAUAUUCAAAUUCUCUUCUUUUAUGUGUUCUGAUUGAUCUUUACAAUCUUUUGCUUUUCAUUUCCACUUGCUUGUAAAGUAUAUACAAUUGAAGGAUAUCCCUAACUUAUGUAUGUAUUUCCACUAAGGGUUUUAUUUGAUGGUUAUAAUUCUACA